UUGAAAAAUGGAGCGCUUGAUUCUGGCUUUCGUCUGCUUCAUCACCGCUCUCGUCGGCAUCAUUACUAAUGGCGUCGUCGGAGUUCAGAUUCUCUCCAAAUCGAAGCUUGAGAAGUGCGAGAAAACUUCGGAUUCCGGAAACUUGAAUUGCUCAACUAAGAUCGUCGUUAACCUGGCUGUCCCAAGCGGAUCGAACGGCGGAGAGGCUUCCAUUGUGGCGGAAAUAGUGGAGGUGGAGGAGAACUCCACCAAUAAGAUGCAAACACUAAGGAUACCUCCUGUUGUAACUGUCAACAAAUCCGCAGCAUAUGCACUUUACGAGUUAACAUACAUACGGGAUGUUCCUUAUAAACCCCUGGAAUAUUAUGUUAAGACUCGCAGAUGUGAUCCCGGUGCUGGUGCAAAUGUUGUGAAGAUAUGUGAAAGGUUGCGAGAUGAGGAUGGUCACAUUAUUGAGCAAACGCAGCCAAUAUGUUGUCCUUGUGGGCCUCGGCGCCGAAUACCUUCAUCUUGUGGAAAUGUCUUUGACAAGUUGGUGAAAGGAAAAGCAAAUACUGCACAUUGUCUCCGAUUUCCAGGUGAUUGGUUUCAUGUUUUUGGGAUUGGACAGCGAACACUUGGAUUUAGUGUCCAGAUUGAGGUCAAGACUGGAUCUAAAGUUUCACAGGAAGUGAUUCUGGGCCCUGAAAAUAGAACAGUUGCAUCUAAAGAUAAUUUUCUGAGGGUUAAUCUUAUUGGAGAUUUUGUUGGUUACACCAAUAUUCCAUCAUUUGAAGACUUCUACCUUGUUAUUCCAAGGCAGGGUGGCCCAGGUCAACCACAAAAUUUAGGCAGGAACUUUUCAAUGUGGAUGCUUCUUGAGAGAGUGCGAUUUACCCUUGAUGGUCUAGAAUGUAACAAAAUUGGGGUCAGUUAUGAAGCUUUCAACAGUCAGCCAACCUUCUGUUCUUCACCAUUUUGGAGUUGCUUACAUAAUCAGCUGUGGAAUUUUCGAGAAGCUGACCAGAACCGAAUUAAUAGAAAUCAGUUGCCAUUAUAUGGUCUGGAAGGAAGAUUUGAAAGGACAAACGAGCAUCCAAAUGCAGGGUCUCACUCAUUCUCCAUAGGAGUGACUGAAGUACUAAAUACAAACCUCUUAAUAGAACUAAGGGCUGAUGAUAUAGAAUUUGUUUAUCAAAGGAGCCCUGGGAAAAUAUUAAGUGUCACUAUCCCAACAUUUGAAGCUCUUACUCAAUUUGGAGUUGCAAAGGUUACAACUCAGAAUAUAGGUGAAGUGGAGGCAUCAUACAGCUUAACGUUUGAUUGCUCAAGAGGUGUUGCCCUUCUAGAGGAACAAUUCUUCAUUAUGAAGCCCAAGGAAAGUACUACUCGUUCGUUUAAGCUGCAUCCAACAACUGAUAAGGCAGCAAAAUACUUUUGUGCAGCCAUACUAAAGGACUCUGAGUUCAACGAAGUUGAUAGAGCUGAGUGUCAAUUUAGUACUACAGCUACUGUCCUCGACAAUGGAUCACAGAUUACUCCCUUUCAACCACCAAAGACCAGUGCAAAUGGUUUCUUCGAGUCAAUCAGAAGCAUUUGGAAGAAUUUAUGGGAAGGUUUGGUGGACUUCAUCACUGGAAAGAGUUGCAGGUAUUUUCUCUUAUGAAUAUAUAGAGAGAUGAGACUAUUGCCUGAUCUGAGUUUUAUAUGGAUGGCAAAGAAUUAUUUUUCUAUGUUAAAUCUUUCCUGUUUCUUUCAGCCUUUCUCACAAGAAAUUGAUUUGAGCUUUUGCAUUCACACAUAUACAGGCUGUGAAUAUAUGCUUUUUUUUAGGCAAUUAAAUGAUUGGAUGUAACUUCUGUUUAUACUCAGUGAAGAAAGCAAAGUAGA